UGAUCUCCCUUAACCAGUAGACCGUCCCUAAUAUCUCUCCGCCUCCUCCUCGUCUCCCCGCUGGGAAAAGAAGGGCGAAUCUCGUCGCAGUCUUCGAUCUAAGUUUCGGUUCUUCUCCACUAUGUACCGAACUGUGGGAUCUCGUCUCAACUCCCUCAAGCGCCGAUCAGAUGGUGCCAGGAUCUUUGGUAUUGCUGCUAGAUAUGCAAGCACCAAUAUUGCCCAAAGGUCUUCUGGAGGUUUCUUUAGCUGGCUAACUGGGGGAAGUUCCAGCCAACUUCCUCCUCUAGAUUUUCCACUUCCAGGCGUGUCACUUCCUCCUCCUCUACCUGAUUUCGUGGAGCCAGGCAAUACAAAGAUCACAACCCUUCCUAAUGGCUUAAAAAUUGCCUCAGAGACAUCACCGAGCCCGGUUGCUUCCAUAGGACUGUAUGUCGACUGUGGUUCCAUAUAUGAGACACCUUCAUCAUUUGGUGCGACACAUUUGCUGGAGCGAAUGGCAUUUAAAUCAACAAAAAAUAGAAGCCAUUUGCGCAUUGUACGUGAAAUAGAAGCCAUCGGUGGAAGUGUUACAGCAUCAGGUUCCCGUGAACAGAUUGGUUACACUUAUGAUGCUCUGAAAACAUACAUGCCUGAAAUGGUUGAGGUUCUCAUAGAUUGUGUUAGAAAUGCUGUUUUCCUUGACUGGGAGGUUAAUGAACAGCUUAAGAAAGUGACGGCUGAGCUAGGAGAACUCUCUCGCAAUCCUCAGGGUUUGCUUUUGGAGGCUAUUCAUUCAGCUGCAUACUCUGGUGCAUUGGCAAAUCCUUUGAUUGCUCCAGAGUCUGCCAUAAACAGAUUAAAUGAGACCAUAUUGGAAGAGUUUGUUGCUGAGAAUUACACUGCUCCUCGGAUGGUACUUGCAGCAUCGGGUGUGGAACAUGAGGAACUAGUAUCAAUUGCUGAACCACUUCUAUCUGAUCUUCCCAAAGUGCCUUGCCUGGAAGAGCCAAAAUCUGUCUAUGUUGGAGGAGAAUAUAGAUGCCAAUCAGAUUCAUCGAAAACACAUAUUGCACUUGCAUUCGAGGUUCCAGGAGGUUGGCACAAGGAAAAGGAAGCCAUGGCAUUAACAGUUCUUCAGAUGCUUAUGGGAGGUGGUGGAUCAUUUUCUGCUGGUGGACCUGGAAAAGGGAUGCAUUCUCGUUUGUAUUUACAUGUCUUAAAUCAAUUCCAACAGAUUGAGUCAUUCUCAGCUUUCAACAGUAUCUACAACCAUACUGGAAUUUUUGGAAUUCAUGCAACCACAGGGCCAGAAUUCGUCUCCAAGGCUGUUGAUUUGGUAGCCAGAGAGCUUCUUGCAGUUGCAACACCUGGUCAAGUUGACCAGGUACAGCUUGAUCGAGCUAAAGAGUCGACCAAGUCUGCAGUGUUGAUGAAUCUGGAAUCAAGAGCGGUAGUAUCAGAAGACAUUGGAAGACAGAUUCUGACAUACGGUGAAAGGAAACCUGUUCAGCAUUUUCUAAAAGCUGUUGAUGAGCUUACUCUAAAAGAUAUAACUUCUCUUGCUGAAAAGAUCAUCUCAUCGCCACUUACCAUGGCAUCAUGGGGAGAUGUUAUCCAUGUCCCAAGCUAUGAAUCUGUCAGCCGAAAGUUCCACGCAAAAUAAGGCUUUGAUUCCUGAUCUGUAUCUUCUCUUUGGACAAACUUAACAUUCUUUAGUGCUGCACCUUGGUCAUGUCCAGAGGUGGAAAAUAAAGAAGAAUGUCGUCAAGAAAAAUCAAAUCUUCACCAAUAACUUGGCAAACAACUGCAGCCAGAAUGCUUCUUCUCUGUUUUAUUACAGAAGACUUUUUUUCCUUUAUUCUUGUACUCGGAUUAUGGCACAGCGAGAUGUUUGCGAUCAGGAGUGCCGAUGACAUUGUUAACCAACUGGGAAGGCUGUUUCCAAGAUUGUGAAUCCCUUUUUCCUUGGACGAUGAUAAGAUGGUAACCUUAUUCAA